AUGGCUCCCCACGAUGUCGAGCGCGGCAGCAUUAGCAAAAUGAAGGAGGAGUCCCUUGCUCCGGGGAGCUCCUUCAGCAUGCGUGAGCCCGAAUACGCCGACAUUCUUCCACCAUCGUACUGGGGUCGCUUCGUUGAUGGCUUCAGACGAGACCAGCGGUCGAGCUUGUUCACCAACGACCCACUCGGGCAGCAGGAGGAAUUGGGAAGAGUCCAUGAUGGAGCGCAUUACUAUGAUCUCCAAAGCGCUAUGCUAGAAACGGCCAAUUCAGGCCUGGCGAGAGAAUUGAAGGGUCGGCAUUUACAGAUGAUUGCAAUUGGAGGUUCUAUAGGGACUGGACUCUUUGUCGCAUCAGGAAGAGCUCUGGCAGACGGAGGUCCAGCAUCAAUACUGCUGGCAUUUACCAUUGUGGGAGCCAUGCUCUUUUGUACAUGCCAGGCGCUAGGUGAACUGGCAGUCAUUUUCCCCAUCGCUGGAUCGUUUUCAUCAUGGGCAACUCGAUUUAUUGACCCUUCAUGGGGUUUCGCAAUGGGAUGGAACUACGCAAUGCAAUGGUUGAUUGUGUUACCGCUUGAGAUCAUUGCCGCAUCUCUAACUCUCUCAUACUGGGACGAAAGUCUUACUCGCGCCAUCUUCGUCUCAGCGUUUCUCGUACUCAUCAUCGUCAUCAAUAUGUUUGGUGUAAAAGGCUACGGUGAAGCCGAAUUUAUCUUUUCUAUAAUAAAGGUCAUUGCCGUCAUUGGCUUCAUACUUCUUGGCAUCGUUCUCAACUGUGGCGGAACGCCAGACAGCGGUUAUAUCGGCGGCCGUUUCUGGCAUGAACCUGGUGCUUUCAACAACGGUUUUAAAGGAAUGUGCAACGUUUUUGUCACAGCCGCAUUCUCCUUCGCUGGCACCGAGCUUAUUGGCCUCGCUGCCGCUGAAACUGCCAACCCACGAAAGUCAUUACCCACAGCAUUAAAGCAGGUGUUCUGGCGGAUCACUCUUUUCUAUAUCGUUGCCCUUACGUUGGUAGGGUUGCUUGUUCCAUAUAACGACCCCCGACUUACGAAGGGUACCAGUGACGCAGAUGCAGCUGCGUCACCUUUUGUUAUUGCUAUCGAAGAAGCGGGCAUUCAAGUUCUACCUUCGGUCAUGAACGCAGUCAUCCUUUGUGCCGUUCUGUCUGUUGGAAACUCGGCCGUGUUCGGAUCUUCACGUACCCUCGCUGCUCUUGCAAAUCUUCGACAAGCUCCAAAGAUCUUAGGAUAUGUAGAUCGUAAAGGUCGGCCACUUGUCGCCAUUGCCAUCGCGAGUGCCUUUGGUCUCAUUGCCUUCCUUGCUGAUCUCCCCCAGCAAGGGGCUGUACUCGACUGGCUCAUGUCCAUAUCAGGUUUAUCUACGAUUAUUACAUGGGGCUCGAUCUGCGUCUGCCAUAUUCGCUUCCGCCGUGCCUGGGCUGCUCGUGGGCGCUCUGUCUCGGAACUGCCCUUCCAGUCCCAAGUUGGUGUCGUGGGCUCAUGGAUCGGCAUCACCCUCAACGUCCUCGUCCUUAUCGCUCAGUUCUGGGUCGGAGCAUUUCCCAUAGGCUGGCAGGACUUGACAAGCUCUCAGGUAGCGCAGAACUUCUUCCACAAAUGGGUUGGCGCACCUUGCGUACUGGCCUUUUACAUUUUCCACAAGCUGUAUUUCCGCACUACGUUUGUAAGAACUCGGGAUAUGGACGUCGACACCGGACGCCGGGAUUUCAACGUUCCUAUACUUGUAGCCCAAGAGAAGCAAGAGCGCGCACGCUGGCCGCGGUGGAAGAGAUACUAUAAAUUUAUGUGCUGA